AUGGCGCAAACAAACAGCAAUGGAGAAAGCUCCUGCCCUUCUAUUUUUUCUUCAUCUCCAGAUAGUUCUUCCAGCCCUUCAUCAUCUCCAUUGCCUGCAAUCUUCAAGAACGAAGACGGUGAUCAGCGCCCGAAAGGACUGCAAAUGGACGACACUUUCUUUCUUAAUGAUACUCAAGUGCUCCAUGAUCAUUUAAUCCAACUCGAAGUUGCCAAACAAGAGGAAUCAGAACUCGAUGGCCAGAUUUUGUUGCUCCCUAAUCUUGCCGAUAAUUCAGAAUCGAAGAAGAGUCUUCCUGACCCACCUUCAUUCAAUGAGUCGAAGAAUGAUGGCGCGAAGAAAGAAGACGACAGGAUCAACAGAGUGCUCGUUGAUACAGCUGCACCUUUUGAAUCGGUUAGAGCAGCCGUCACAAAGUUCAGAGGGAUUGUAGAUUGCAAAGCUGAAGAGACACUGUCCAUAGAAGUAAUGUUUAAUUCCGUACUUUUUUUGUUUUGUUUUCUGUCGAUCACUAAAACAAAUAUUUUGUUCAAGAAUUCGCAGAAGCAAAGGCAGGCUCAACUCGAACUCAAGAAAGUACAAGAAGAAAUUGUCAAGUACCAAAAGAGAUUUCAAGAUGAAGAAACGGCUACGGGGCAAGUUCUGGAGGAGCUCGAUUACUUCAAAGGGCAUGCUGAAGAGCUGAACCUUCGGCUGGAGAGAGCAGAAACCCUAAAUGAACAGGCAAAGCAGGACUCUGCGCUUGCUGAUCUGAGGCUGAGAGAAGUAGUGCAAGGAAUUGCAAACGGUGCAAGCCUCGCGUCCAGGGCGCAGCUGGACGUGGCCAACGAGAGAUAUGCGAGUGCUGUCGCAGAGCUGAAAUCGGUAACAGAAGAGUUGGAGCCCAAGCGAGUCGCAUAUGUUUCAUUGCUUCGAGAAAGAGACGUUGCAGUUGAGAAAGUUGCAGAUUCUUUUGCUGCGACGAAAGAGAUUGAGCUGACCGUCCAGGAGCUGACUCUCAAGCUGAUUUCAACCAAGGAGUUGCUUGAAUCAGCUCAUGCCACGCAUCUCCACGCGGCAGAUCAAACAAUUAUUGCAGCACUGACACUGGAUAUAGAAAAAUUGAUGUGGCACAAUUUGCUCAAGCAUGCAGAAGAAGAAUUACAGCAGGUUCAUGAACAGAUGCUAUUGACAAACGAUGCGAAGUCAGAAUUAUGUAGAGCUUCGACGGUUUUACUUAAUCUAAAAGCUGAGCUAGUUUCACUGGAUUAUGCUACGAUGGAGAUUGAAGAAGUGAGGAGUCACAUUGAGAAAUCGACGGAUAGUGUUGACAGCAUUAAGAUUCAGCUCUCUUCACUUCAAUGUGACUUGGACAGGGAAAUGGCAGCCUUGAGAGCCGUGAGACAGAGGGAAGACUCUCAAUCUGCCUCCAUCUCAUCCCUCGAAGCCCAACUUUACAGGAUGAACCUUGAAUUGGAAUUGGUUCAGAAAAGAGAGGGUGCCAUAAAGAAGAAGUUGACUGGCGAGAAGCAAGCUAAACUGCAAGAACUAAGCAAGGCCAAGGAAGAAGCUUUGCAAGCCAAAGCAGAAGCCACUGCAAUGGAGCUGAAACUGACUGCUGCUCUGAAGCAGAUUGAGGCAGCCAAAGCGUGGCAGGCGUUGGCUAACUCAGAAGUCAAAUCCCUGCAAGCAAGCAGAGAGGACUCCAAUGGAGUGAUAUUGCCUUUAGAGGAGUACAGUGCACUCAUCGAGAAGGCCAAGGAAGCAGAGGAACAAGCGAAGGAGAGAAUCACGCCGCCUAUUAAGCAAAUGGAGGCAGCGAAGGAGUCCGAGUCAAAAAGCUUAGAGAAACUGGAGAAGGCAAAGGAAACGUUGGAGGGAAAGAAGAAGGAGCUGAGGGCCGCCAUGGAGAGGCUCGAGAAGGCCGAGGAAGAGAGGCAGGCCGAGGAAGAGAAGCUUCUCAUGGAGCAGGAGCUAGACAAACCGAAUGACGAGCAAAAGCAAGGAAGCUUCGAUGUCGGAGAGAAGUCUGGAAAGUUUUCGUGUGAAGUAGGCGGUGAGAGCUCGACAGAGAGCCCCAGGGGAGUUAUGGAGCGUGCCAUUUCUACGGAGCCUGAGCCGAGACGGAGGAAGAGGAUGUUCUUUGCAAGGAUUGUCACGUUUCUGGCGAGGAAGAAGGUCCAAUCGCUCAAGUAG